GUAUGUGUGUGAGUGGAUGUGAAUGUAGACCUGGAAGUAAGUCAUUGCUGUGGGGCUGGACUGUGGUGUAAAGUAUAACUAAAUUAUUGCUUGAUCUGUUGCCUGACAGAUGCGCCAUUUGGUGCUCGUGCCGUUGCAUAUGCAUCUGCAUCUUCUGUGGCGCCAAAUAUGUUUGCCGCCGCGCUGUGAGCCUAAGCUAUAUGCAUGCACUCGCAAUUAAUAAAGCUGCCAAGGUAAAAUAAUGCGCAGAAAUAUGCAAUUGAACCAGCCGCUGGCCGCCAAAUGCCAGAGUUUCCUCUUUAGCUUCUUGCCUGUUGCCUCUUACGUUUUACAUCUCUCACUCACUCCUAAUGAAUUUAUGACGCUUUUGAUCGGCCGGCGACGGCGAGAGUAACUCAAAUAUUGUGCGGGUGCACAAAAGACUCAGGCAGACAGAAAAACUCAAACUCGAAUGAGCGCCAAGCUUGUUGCUCUUGAAUUUAUGAAUGCUUUUGAUCGGCCGGCGAAAGCCUCUCAAACUCAAGCAAGCAGUAGCAACUUAAGGAGUACCAUGCGCGGGUGCUUAAACGACUCAAGCAACCGAAGAAAAAGCUCAAUCUCAACGAGCCGAACGGUCGCUCUUUAACUAACUGUAAUGAUCGCUCUCUCGCUGCGAGCCGAGUGGCGGCCAGCCAGCUUCGGCUAUGAAAAGACUAAACGCUUGAGUUCACGAUUCAGUGCAGAACCGCAGGCGCAGCGAAGUAGAACGCCCGAAGACGACGACGACGGCAACAACGCGGCGAAAAUUAUUGUGUGAAAAAUUAUUAAAUGCAAAUGCAACAAGUCUAAAAGCUGACAGUGCGAGUGAACAAAUUAAGCAGAGCCCCGCAGUGGUUAACAGUGCUAAAUAAACAGUUUUUGGUGCUUAACAAUUAACGAGCUACAAAUUAAUUAUUCUGCAAAAACAAAUUAUUCGCACUCGACUGACGAUUCAGCUUCACAGCGUCACUGCUUCACGGCUUCUACGCUCACGAUUCGCUGUUGGCUGGCGUGUGGACAGGGCGACAAAUAGGGAUUGGAUUUACGCAGCUAUAACGGCGCCAUGGAGUUAACCAAACAUUUGAGUUUAUUGGCGUUCGCUCUGGUCGCGGUGCUGGCGUUUUAUGGCCACACCACAGAUGCCUGUAUGUGCAUGCCCUCGCAUCCACAGACGCAUUACUGCACCGCUGAUUAUGUUGUGCAGCUGCGUGUGCUGCGCAAAUCGAACACCAUCGAGCCGGGCAAGACUAUCUACAAGGUGCACAUAAAGCGCACCUAUAAGGCCACACCUGAAGCUCGCCGCAUGCUGCGCGAUGGUCGCCUGUCCUCGCCGAACAGUGACUCCAUGUGCGGCAUACAGCUGGAAAUUGGCAAGGUGUACAUCAUAGCCGGACGCCUGCCGCAGCUGAAUCUGUGCAGUUACUACAAGGAAUACAUCAAGAUGACAAUCAGCGAGCGCCACGGCUUCAGCGGCGCCUAUGGCUUGGCCUGCAACUGCACAAUCAGCCCGUGCUUUGGCAUGCAGUGCCUGCGGCAACGAGAGCACGCAGACGGUUGCAAAUGGUCCGUGCAGGGCAGGUGCGAGCGCGACUAUUCCUCUUGCGUGCCGCACAACAUCCGAUCGCCCAUGGGCGAUAUACAGCAUUGCCGCUGGAGACGCACGCAGCUUUACAAAAAGUGCCUAAGCUAUCCGUAG